UUUUUAUCUGACUUUGAGAUUGGCUCGCUUUUUGAUUGGUUUUUUUGGGUCUGUGUUUUUCAGAACCUGGUUGUGGAGCCUCCUUCUGAGCAUCCUUUGCCUUUUGGCCUAAGAAUAACUUACCCGAAUGCAAAGUAAAGGUUCUGCAUGAAGGGUCUGCUGACCAAGUGGCAGCUUAGUGCUAGAUGCGACCAAUAUCACUAUUUCCCCUUUGUUUCCUAUGGAGGACAACGCGCCAAUCAGAUAAUCUCAGGCCUUCGUUCUGGCAGCAUCUUAUCGGUCUUUCUCGACAGCUGGAAAGAAUCUUAUAAAUAUUUGAAGCUUUGGAAAGGUUCGUCUGUAGGUAGCAUCUGUGAACCCCAUUUAUGAACUUAUUUCAAGUUUUCUACCCCAAGAAGGCUGUGACGAAAACUGUUUUAUGCCAUAAAAUAAUAACUACAUGCACAAAUAUUUUGUUAUUUAUAGUUAUUUAUUUCACAAAAUUAUAUUGCUUCAGCGAACACAGAUUUAGUAACUUAUCCACGAUUUUUGUUCAGUCCUAAAAAUGCUCCUGUGGUAUUUUAAUAAUGGCCGACUUCGUUUGCUUUUCAUGGCGUUGAUUGUCAUACUGACAGGUGGCAUUGGCCUCAUCUACCAUUGGCAAAAUGAAACGGGUGAAGAGUCGUUGCCACAGUCUACGGAAGUCCCACAGCUGGCAGUGCCAUCUGAUGAUCCACUGGCGAACAUCCGUCUAGCCGAUAUUCUAGUGGCGGAGCCCAGGCCCACGCCCGGACGGAGUAUAUUUUUUCACGAAACGAGCUGCUAUGAUGCCAAAAAUAAGGAGUAUAAUCAUCUCAUGAAGUUAAACGCCCGUCAAGCUUGUGCAAUCGAAUCAGCUGCACUUCAUAAUCCGAAUUCUCAGGUGUUCGUUUUGUUUGUCGACCGAAAAUACAGACUUCUUGUUGACUCCAACGGUGGAAACAGAUGGAACCAGCAGCCAUUUAUCGAUGCCAUCUUAAGCUACAAAAAUGUCAAUUUGCGGCGUCUAAAUCUCUGGAGAUACACUGCCGACACACCCAUGGAAGAAUGGCUCAAGGACGGUAAUCUCUUUGGCUCGCAAUAUAUGGUCUCCCACAUCUCUGAUUUCCUGCGCUACUUGACCCUGUAUCGCUAUGGCGGCCUCUAUCUGGACAUGGAUGUGGUCGUGCUGCAAAAAAUGGAGGAUCUGCCACCCAAUUACACUGGAGCCGAGUCCGAUAGUACGCUUGGCGCUGGCGUCAUGAGGUUGGCAGCCACUGGCUUUGGUCAUGAGAUUGCCAAGUCCUGUUUGCUCGACUUUCAGCAAAAUUUCGAUGGCAAAGAAUGGGGUACCAAUGGCCCAGGUGUUAUAACACGCGUGGCCCAACAGAUUUGUGGCACCAAAAAUAUCUCAGUAAUGCUGGAGAAUCGCAAACGCUGCUUGGGCUUUAUGGUGUUUGGGUGCAGCGCCUUUUACGCUAUAGAGAAUUGGCCUGGUUUCUUUGAUCCCAAAAGACUGGAGAAGACCAUGGCCCGCACCAAAGACUCGUAUGUGGUGCAUGUGUGGAACAGCCAGUCGCAUAAGGAACCAAUCAAGGUUGGUUCAGACACUGCCUAUGCCAAAUAUGCCGAAAAAAAUUGCCCGCGUGCCUAUGAAGCGGCGGGUGAAUACUUCUAGAAAUUUGAUCUUGAAGAUUUUCUGUCUUUAAAAUUCAAGUUGGAUCUGGGCACAAUUCUAAGCGACCUGAAGACGGGCAAUCGUUGGGCGGGCAGGCUUGGAUUUUCAGUCGCAGUGGUUGGACUUGUAUGAAAUGCAUAGUUUGCGCUUUAAAUAUGAACUAAAAGGGACUGGGUGGGUAGUUUAUAAGCUCGUCUUAAGGUUCGGAUAUUAACUCACACAUUCCUUCCUUUAUAUAUCGGAUAUGCCAGCCACAAAAUUGGAUUCAAAUUGAAUACGUGUAGAGCAUUCGUUACAUUCAUCGGUUUUGUUUUAUUCUGUUGCAGGGACACAGACCAAAAUCUAUUGCAUAUAAAUUAAAAUUCUGUGUACAAUCUA